AUGGAUUUAGGAGUAUUUGUAAUUGCUAUUGCGGGGGUAUUUGCAUUCCUUUAUUUUCCUGUGUAUUGUCAGUCAAAUGUUAAACACUAUGUUACAAUGUUAAUGUUUGUUAAUUUACUUGGAUGUUUCUCUGUGGUCUUGUCUGCUAUAUUCCUGUCACACCAAAAUAAUCCAAAAAUAUGUCAUUUUGAAGCUUCUUUUGUAAAUUUUGUUCAAUAUGGACAAACACUAUGGUGUUUAUGUUGUGUUGUUGAAUAUUUUCUUCAUCAACUCAUUUGUUUAGAAGAAAGUAAAAAAAGAUGUGUCAUUACUCAUUGUAUUGUCUGGUCUAUAUCUUUUUUCACUUCAAUUCCAAUAUAUACACAUUCUUGUGCAUUAGAAUUUGCAAUAUGUGUUAGUACAUCUCCAGGAAUUAGAUGGGGAAUAUCAAUUAUUCCAAGAAUUGUUUUAUGUUUGUUGAUUGGUGUAAUUGCAAUAAUUACUUUUAUUCAUAAAUCAUCACUAUAUACAAAUACAUUGCAUUUCCUUCAGUAUUGGAAAAUCGAAGACUUAGAAAUAAAAGAAGUUGCAAAACAAAUGAUUUUAUUUUCUGGGUAUUUCAUUAUCAUGGCUUCAUGUUUAGCUCAACCUCCAUUAACAUUAAUGGUACAAAAAAUAUUGCCAGAAACUAUAUCAUUCUUUAAAGUUAUAUCAACAGCCUCAUCAGAUGCAUUAUGUUGUGCAGUAACAUUUUUUUAUUUCCAUCAUUUAUUUAAUUUAUGGGGAAAUUGGCAAAACUUGUUUAAAAAGAUUGGUAUUAUUGAAACAACAAAAGAAGAGUCAGAGCAAUAUGUACAUCUUCUUUAA